CGAGCGACGAUGACAGUAUUUUUGUGUCAAUUGCAAGUACAUUUUCAUUCUUUACUUUCUUCUAUCUUUAUUGUUCUGAUACUGAGAUACUUUGUAUGUUUGAUAUGUUUGAUAAUUAUAAUCUUUUAUUAUUUUUAUUAUUAUUAUUAUUAUUAUUAUCUGUUGUUAUCUUCUUUGUUUCGGUUAUUUAAAUUUUUUGAUAUCAAUUUUUACGAAUAUUUUCACAGGUUAACGAUAAUCA